UUCACUCUUCAAAUACUCGUCUGCACACCCACUCUCAUCCCCUCCCACCACAAGCUUUAUUCUUCUUACUUGGACAAGAAUUUCUGUUCGGUUCUUGCAUGUAAUGCAACCUCAGGAGCAGCUAAGCUACCCCGGGAAUGGAUUUUCUGAGGUUAGUAGUUCUUGUAAGAAUUUGGAGAGAAAUGAGCAGCUGUCUCAGUGGGUAGAAAAUGUCACUAAGCAACUUAUGACAGAAGACUUGCCGGAAAGCAAUGAAAAUGACUUCCCCGGCAACUUCCAGGGCGUGAUGCCGCCUGUGUAUGAGGAGGUUGGCACCGUGGCGGCUCUACUUGGAGAGCUACGGCCACGAAAAGUAGCCAGGAAGAGCUCAAACGAGAGCCCGGGGUCGGUUUUCUUGCAGCACAACCACCACCAGUACUACAGUGACGAUCAAGAUGAUCAAACUUGCAAUCUCAGUGUUGAAAGUAGUAAAAGAAUUAUAAGCAGUAGUGCUAAAAGCCCGGGGGCCGACGAACCGGGCCUGAACCUGCUUACUCUUCUCUUGGAGUGUGCGGUUGCCAUAUCUCAGGAUAAUCUUGGUGAAGCCCACAGAAUGCUGCUUGAGCUAUCACAAAUGGCCUCUCCUUAUGGAGCUUCCUGUGCAGAAAGAGUGGUUGCCUACUUUGCAAAGGCCAUGUUGAGUAGAGUGAUCAACUCCUGGAUAGGAGUUUGCUCUCCCCUGAUCGACAUCAAGGCUGUCCAUGCCGCUUUCCAAGUCUACAACAACGUCUCCCCAUUCAUAAAAUUCGCGCACUUUACCUCAAAUCAGGCGAUCUUGGAGGCGUUUCAUCGACAUGAUCACCGGAUUCACAUCAUUGAUCUUGACAUAAUGCAGGGCUUGCAAUGGCCAGCCUUGUUUCACAUUCUUGCCACUCGGGCAGAGGGCCCACCUCACGUGCGGAUGACGGGCCUGGGGAGCUCGAUGGAGUUAUUAGCCGAGACGGGCAAGCAACUCUCCAAUUUCGCCAGGCGCCUUGGAUUGUGCUUCGAGUUCCAUCCAGUAGACAAAAAGUGUGGAGACAUCGUGGAUAUAUCACUACUACACGUCAGGACAGGCGAAACGCUAGCAGUGCACUGGAUGCAGCACUCACUAUACGAUGCUACCGGCCCGGAUUGGAAGACAAUGAGGCUCCUCCAGGGCCUGAGCCCGAGGGUGAUCACAUUAGUUGAGCAAGAAAUAGCACAUGGAGGCUCAUUCCUAGACAGGUUUGUGAGCUCCCUCCACUACUACUCCACCCUUUUCGACUCAGUGGGGGCUUUCCUGCCAGGCGACGAUCCAGGGCGGCACCGUGUGGAGCACUGCCUCCUACAGAGGGAGAUCACCAACGUGCUGGCAAUCGGAGGCCCCGCCCGGAGUGGGGAAGACAAGUUGAGGCAUUGGAGGAGUCAACUGUCGAGGAACGGAUUCGUGCAGCUACCGAUGAGCACAAACUCAAUGGCGCAAGCACAGCUGAUACUCAACAUGUUCCCUCCUGCCAAUGGAUACAGUCUUGUGCAGGGAGAUGGAACACUUAGGCUGGGGUGGAAGGACACUAGCUUGUACACUGCCUCUGCUUGGACUUCACUACAAACUUCUUUCAGAUAGACUACUCAUCCAUCACAAUUACAUUUCUUGUGAUCUUAGUUUAAUUUCGAUGCAUGUAAGUUGUUGGUAGAUCAUGUUCAUAAUGCAGAAUUUGAAUCAAAACUCACAAUAAGUUUGCCUGUCCAGACCUUUUAAAUAUUGUCAGAAUACAUUCGGA